AUGUCCAACCUUAUCUUGAACGCCGUCAACCUCAUCCGUAACCAAGCUACCGGCGUUGUUAGCGAUUACAGUGAAAGCGACGUGUAUACGUGCACCAUGGCUGCCAAAGAUUUUUAUGCAUGGUUUGUGCAUGAAGAACACCGAACUUCAUGCACGUUCUAUUAUCGAUCCAGCGGUAACGCGCUCAAGAAAAACAGAGACUCCUUUCGUGCACAUGGUGCAUUUCAACCAGCCAAUGAGCGUUAUCGCCCUGGUUUUGCCUUGUCACCUAAGGCAGGCUCUGAAUUCGAAACAAUCCGUGUAGCCACUGGUGUCAAGAGAGGCCCCACACCAACUACCAAUUACAAUGGGAUUUUCGUGUGUAGCCGCAAUGGGGAUCCAACCGGUGAAAAAAACCUACCAUGUAACUGCCCUGUCACUAUCAAGGCCAAAUGUUUGGAGGCAACACCUGGUGUGGUCCAUAUUGAAUAUCGGUGGAAACACGAGAACCACAUCUCGCAAGAAAGAAAAAAUAUCCCUGAAUUGAAUCAUAGUGCCUGCCAGUGCACUGCUUGA